CUAUGAACUCAGUUACUGCCUGGGUGAGGCCAUGCUAUUAUUUUUACCUCAUUUUUGUAUAAUCUGUGUGGGUGCCGUAUGGACAGUUGCAUAACUUCCUACUGUCAUUGCUGGUUGAGUUCCUUCUAUGUAUCUUAUGCUUGGACGUAUUCCUAGUGUGGUUUUGGGCUCUGCCUUGAUGUUGGAACUGCUACCUAGACCUCUACUUACUCUUCUAAAAGAUGUGAUCCCUCUAAAAGUCAAGGAGUGCAAAGAUACACUUGGCCUCAACCUAGCCGCAAUGGAUCAUCUCAAGCUGUGUUGGUCCUCACCUGCUCCACGAACAUGGCUGCUGAAACUAGAGAAUCUUGAUGAAUUUGAGAUCAAGGAUCCAUGUAUGAAGAGUGAUGAAUCUGUUGUGGAUGGUAAUGGUAAUGCUACCAUGCUAAAGCCAAGAGGCCAAGCAACCAGCAGUGCGAAAGACUAAGAAGGGUGAUGUUUUUGUUCCAUCUUCCACAAAGGCAAAGGGUCAAGCUUAAGUCAUUGGGAAGAGUAAAACCAUGGCUAAAAACCAAUCUUUGUGUAAUUGGCACUCCUACCUUAUAGAUUUGGUCUUUAUUCUUUAAUUUGAGUAAGUUUAGAAUAUGAAGUUUCAUUCUUUGUGGUUUGUUUGUUUUCUACUUUGGAUUGAAGCAAGCCAAUGUACUCUUAGUUUUGUUUUUAAUAAAUUUUUUAUACUCUU